GGAAUACAAACAACUCUCGCAACCCCUGAAAUUUGUCCGGGAGCUCAAAUGGCUGCAAAGUUGACAGAAAAAAUGCUGGAAGCAUCUGCAAGGAAUGGGGAAAUGCACGAUCUAUCACCGUGAGGCGAGCGCGCUGCGUUCGCUGAGAGGAAAAUUGUAUUUUCGAAUUUCGAACUCCAAAUGUCGAACAAAAAGUGCGUUUUGGCGGGAUUGCCGACAUUGUUGUUCACUCUGCGAGGUUAAGCUUGGCGUUCGCCUGCAGAAAUAUCCUUAUAGCGAGUGAUUUACUGAGGAAAACAAGGAGGUUUCUGUAAAAAUGUCUCGUCGGGACUACGCUGCAGAUCAUGAGAGCAUCAAAACAUUCCUGUCGGAGUUUUCCUAUGUCGAUGACACCGGGAAGAAGAUCUUCCGCUACUCUUCUCAGUUGGCUCCACUGGCUCACCGGGAGCAGGUAGCCAUCAACAUUGAACUGGAUGACCUGACUGAGCAUUCCUCAGCUCUGGCGGAAGCCGUUCUGGAGAACACGAGGCGCUACAGUAAAAUCUUCGCGGAUGUAAUUUUUGAGAUGCUGCCCACAUUCCGUGAGCGUGAGGUUGUGGCCAAGGACUCGCUGGAUGUCUACAUUGAGCAUCGACUGCUGAUGGAGGGACGCACACGCAACCCACAGGAUCAGCGAGAUGCCCGAAAUCAGUUCCCGGCAGAGCUCAUGAGGCGCUUCGAGGUGUACUUUAAGGCGCCCAGCAACAGCGUGGCCAUUCCUAUUCGGGAUGUGAAGGCUGAGCACAUCGGGAAGCUGGUCACCGUGCGUGGAAUUGUGACGCGCUGCACAGAAGUGAAGCCCAUGAUGAUCGUGGCGACGUACACUUGCGAUCGCUGUGGCUCAGAGACUUACCAGCCGAUAAACUCGCUGAGCUUCAUGCCCAUCAACGACUGUCCGUCGGAUGAUUGCCGCGUGAACAAGGCGGGUGGCAGGCUGUAUCUGCAGACGCGUGGCUCGAAGUUUAUCAAGUUCCAGGAGAUCAAAAUCCAGGAGCACAGCGAUCAAGUUCCCGUGGGACACAUUCCGCGCUAUCUCACGGUUAUGUGCAGAGGCGAGACGACGAGGCAAGCACAGCCGGGAGAUCAUGUGGUAAUUACUGGUGUUUUCCUGCCGCUCGUGCGGUCGGGAUUCCGCCAGAUGAUGGCAGGGCUCUUGAGUGACACCUACUUGGAGGCUCACCGCGUCGUGUGCCUCAAUCAGUCGGAGUCUUCGGAGGCGGACAAGAAUGAGUUGACGCAGGAGGAAUUGUCUGAACUGUGUCAGGACGACUUCCUGACACGUCUCGCGAGCAGUCUGGCGCCGGAAAUCUACGGGCACAUCGACGUGAAGAAAGCCCUGCUACUGCUCCUUGUGGGCGGCGUGGACAGACGCCCAGACGGCAUGAAGAUCCGCGGCAAUAUCAACAUCUGCCUCAUGGGCGAUCCCGGAGUGGCCAAGUCGCAGCUCUUGGGCUAUAUUUCGCGCCUGGCCACGCGCAGUCAGUACACCACGGGUCGCGGAUCCUCGGGAGUGGGUCUCACGGCGGCCGUGAUGAAGGAUCCACUCACUGGCGAGAUGGUGCUCGAAGGAGGCUCUCUCGUGCUGGCCGAUCACGGCGUGUGCUGCAUUGAUGAGUUCGAUAAGAUGUCUGAGCAUGAUCGCGUGGCCAUUCACGAGGUGAUGGAGCAGCAGACGAUCUCCAUCGCCAAGGCGGGCAUUCUCACCACGCUCAAUGCUCGCGUGUCGAUUCUGGCAGCGGCCAAUCCAGCUUAUGGGCGCUACAAUCCGAGGCGCACCGUUGAGCAGAACAUCCAACUGCCGGCAGCCUUGCUGUCGCGUUUCGAUCUACUGUGGCUGAUCCAGGACAAACCCGACAGAGACAACGAUCUGCGACUGGCCAAGCACAUCACUUACGUGCACGCUCACGGCGAGCAGCCGCCGAGCCGCAUGAGGGCAUUAGAUAUGAGUCUCAUGAGGCGCUACAUCAACCUAUGCAAGCGCAAGACGCCCGUGGUGCCGCCGGAGCUGACGGAGUACAUCGUGAAUGCCUAUGUGGAGCUGCGUCGCGAGGCGAGGAACAAUCGUGACAUGACUUUCACGUCGGCCCGCAAUCUGCUGGGCAUUCUUCGACUGUCCACGGCUCUGGCGCGUCUCCGCCUGGCCAAUGAAGUGGAGAAGGACGACGUGGCCGAGGCCAUUCGUCUGCUAGAGAUGUCCAAGGACUCCCUCAACCAGAUGGACCAGCGCACUGGUUGGGUGAUGAACACCUCCGACAAGAUCUACGCGCUGAUCCGAGAGGUGUCGCGUGACCAGAGGACUGUGAAGGUGUCCGAUGUGAUGGAUCGGUGCACGUCAAAGGGAUUCAAGCCGGAUGAGGUGGAUCGAUGCAUUGAUGAGUACGAGCAGCUCAAUAUCUGGCAAGUGAAUCAGACGAGGACCAGAAUUACCUUCGUUUAAGAUUGUUUCCUCUCAAUUAUUGGAUUUGUAUUGUUCACUUUUGUGUGGAGUUUUC